AUGUUCUCCAGAUUGGCGUUCUUGCUGGUUGUCUUCAGCGCGGUUGCGCAUUCGCAGUUCGUGGAAAGAAGGCCAGAGUUGGGACAAUUCCAAGAUUACGAACAGUGCUAUCCCCUAAAGGGCACCUGGUACCUGACCUACCGGACCCACGAGCACGACUCUUUCUUCGGAGGCACCGCCAAGUGCGUGCGCGGUCACCAAGUCGGGCCUUACGAGAACUACACCACGACCAUCAGGGUUCGACACUCCCCCAACGCUGAAAUCGACACGAGGCUACAUAUUAAGGCGUCAGAAGGAUACACACAUCGAAACGUGUUCACAAUGACGCCUGUGCAAGACCCCAGCAAAACUGAGGAGUUUCCCAUCAUGUACGUCGACUGUUCGUCCUGCUGGGUGAUGAGGCACCCGUACGUCAGCAACCGCGCCUGCAGCGUCGCCAAGAAGGACGACCAUUUGGGGAAGAACAACCUGGUUUGCGACUUCGUGUACGCUGUCCUCUGUGGAUCUGAGAAGUACGUCGUGUCUGACACCAACUGCCCCGCCUAA